CCUAUAUAAAAGGGAAUACCACUCAAAUAGAAAGUACGUUCAAUUUUCCAAGUUUUGUGGUCCUUUCUAAGGGGUUUUAAAAAAUGGACCAGGAUCCAGAGUACCAACAUGUUAUGUCCCUGAGACUGUCCAGGGUUCUUGAGGACAUCGGGGUUACUAGACGACAGACGGUCAAGAUGAGAAGGAACACUUGGCUGGCGGCUGAGAAAAUUCAAACAGUCUUAGAAAGUAUCCCAAAUAGAAAAAAAACCUUAUACAUCUCUGGAAGCCAAAGUGAAGGCACAACAACUCUUGGAAUGGAGUCAGAUACAGAUUGUCUACGUUCAUUAAAUGACAGUCCUGUAUUUUUAGACUUGUCAGAAUGGCAGCCUUCUCCAAUUUGCAGUUUCCUGGUUCUACAAGAUGAGAGUUCUCCACCUCAACACUGCAACCUGCAAAUUCUCAGGUUUGAUCUUCCACUGCCAGCAACACUGGAUAUAAUAAAUAAAAAAAAUAAUGUUGAGGUGGAUUUGGAUGGCAGGGUGUUGUUAAAAAACACUAUCCAAGACUCAAAUCUUCAGAAGAAUUUUGGCGCUGAUUUCAUAAGACAAGGCCCAUCUAGAAGUGGAUCGAAAGAUGUUGAUAUUGUUUUUGCUUAUCACUGUGCGAAACAGCCAAAAGAGUGUCAAUUUCUUUUUCACAGACCGCGGCCUGGACACUGGCCCACGCCAGAUAUACUGGAACAGGCAAAACAGACUGGAACAUUCCUGGUGCCACAGGGACAUUCUGAAAGUUGUAAUCCAAAACUGGAAUGGAGAUUCUCAACUAACCUCAUAGAAAGACUGCUUAUGUUUAACCUCAACUCGACCAAAAUUAAGGCAUAUAUAUUCUUGAAAGUAUUGAGAAAGACUUAUUUCAAGGCUGUUGUAGGUGACCGGCUCAGCACAUUCCACAUUAAGACAGCCCUGUUGUUCACCAUAGAGAGCUACCCUUCUGAUAUUUGGCAGGAAGACAAUCUGCUUAAAUGUGUCAGCUUCUGCCUUACCACAAUGAAGCGCUGGUGCAAGAUGAACUAUUUCCCACAUUACACAAUCUCUGGGGUGGAUUUGUUUGUUGGAAAACUUAAAAAGUUUGAACUGCCACAAAUUUCAGCCAUGUUAUCAGACAUGAUAGAAAAUAUCAUGGUUUAUGUGGUCAAUAUAGAAAUGGAUGGGCUUGGUAGAAGAAUGUUGAAGCUAAUUGAUGCCAGAAACACACACAUAACAAGCACAAGGUAUGAGAACACAGUCAAAACAGCACGCUACUGCUGUGAUAAAAUCAUAUCAUUUUCUUGUUACAAUCAUUUUAUAAUGAAUGGUGAAUCUGCUUCUAUCAAGUCAACAAUAGAGAAGAUAGUUGUUUCUUUAAAUAAUAUUCUUAUGCAAAAUGACUUGAGCAUAAUUAUGAAAGACUUAGUGAGGGCAAAUUUACUCUUUCUGUUCAAUCAAUUAGCAACAUUCAAAGCUUCUAAGUGUAUAAAAUUACAUCAGCCAGUCACUGCUGACAUUUACAACCUGUACCAAGCAUCUUUGAACUCAGACGUAACAUCAAGCAGACUGAAGUUUGCCUCUAUGUUAUUCUGCACGGACCAGUAUGAGGAGGCAGCAGCAGUGUUGGAGCACACUGAGGCUCUGGUGCAUCCAGAUGUGUGGCAGUACACUUUUUGUAACAGAAGACAUCCUAUGCCUUCAAAUAAUAUUAUGAGAAGUCUUCUUGACAGGCCAAUGUUAGAAGUGAUCAGAACAUCAGCAGCAUUAAGUGUCCAUUUCCAUCGUCAAGAAGAACAUUGUGUGCCUAAGCAUCUGGUGUUUGAGAUGCACAGAACCAUCAACCAAGAAGAUAUUCAACACAGACACCUAGUACGUGAUAAAUGGAUGGAUUCUGCCGUCACUGAUUCCAUCCCGUUCCUCUACUACCUGCAGUACCUCACAUACAGACAACUUGGACACCAGGAUAGGAAACUUACUGCAAUGUGGAAACUUCGACACUACAUAAACCAUUAUAGUGAAGGAUAUGGUCAUAUAGAAACAGCAUUAAAUAUGCUUGGCCACUGCUUUGAAUUGGAGAAUAGGCUAGACCUGGCCUGGCAGUGUUAUAUAGAGUCACGGAGGGUCUAUCAACAUAACAAUGCUGCCAACUGGCACAUCAUGAAACUUUUAUACCAAGCCCUAGUCCAGGCAUAAGAAAGAGACAAAAAUGUUUUAUAAUCAAGUCAAAAGUAAACAUUACAUUUUGAGUUUCAUACAAGUUAUUUUGAAAAAAGAAUUCAAGCAUCCUUAAAAAUGUGGAAUGAAAUAUUACCGUAAAAGUAUGUAACCCUUGAUUGCUUCAAAUAGUGACUAUACUUAACCAUGCUUACAAACUAUUUUUGAUCUUGAAAUCAAUUUUUAUUUGAGCAAUAUGAUCUGUGAUGAGCAGAAAUGAAUAUCAUACUAAACUUUUGCAUUAUCUGUUUUUGAAUCACAUCAAACAUGUAUUUUAUAAAAUAAAGAAUGUUUGCAAAUUAUAUUAAACAUUGUAACCCAUGACCUGACACAUCAUCACAUAAUAUUAAGCAGCAGAGCUGGUAUACUCAUAAAACAUCAUAGGUCAUUUCUUAGGUUGAUUUCCGAAAACGUUCAUUAUCAAAUUAAGAAAAAAGUUUGUGUCUUUUUAAUAUUUAAUUAUGUAUAUUACAUAAAAGUUAUGAAAAUAAAGUAUUUAAGAUAGAAUUCAGUUAUUAUCUCAGAUGACCAGUGUGAUUCUUAAACCUUAGGAAAAUUGCUUCAGUUAGGAAAUGACUUAAUAAUUAUGUUUUAUGAAUACUGGCUCAGGUUUUAGUUUAAGCAACAAAAAACUCAUUUUGUGGCCUAAGUCAUGUUAACUACAAGACUUAUUUCUGCUUGUUAAGUACUACAUGUAAAAUUCUACAUUAAUCAUAAGACAUGCUUUUUUGUAGGGAUUUUUAUGUACUUAAUGAAACCUUUUCUAAAACAGAUGAUCUUUGUGUUUGUUUGUUUUCAAUCAAUUUGACUAUAAUAAAGUGAAGAACUUUCA